AUGCAUUUCACCGCCCUCGCCCUCACGGCCAUGGCCACGGUCGGCCUCGCAGCACCAGCAGCUAAGCGAGACAUUCUGCCCACCAUCGUCUUCACCCCCGGUGCAUGGCACGGAACCUGGGCCUUCGACACAGUUCGCUCACAGCUCGAGACACUUGGUUACCCCACCGAGGCUGUUGCCCUGCCUUCUGUCGGCAAUACCAAUGCCUCAGUCGGUGUGGCCGAAGAUGCUGCUGCUCUUGCGGCAGAGUUGACCACGCUCACCGACGCUGGCAAGGACGUUGUCAUGGUAUGCCAUAGCUACGGUGGUGUGGUUGCAUCUGUCGCUGUGGAAGGUUUUGGUUACAAAGAUCGGUCUGCCGCUGGAAGCAGCAAUGGAGUUAUCAUGCUGGUUUACAUGACUGCUUUCGCGGCACCAGCGCAAACCAGUCUCCUUGAUGCUCUCGGCGGCGAGUAUCUCUGGUGGAUGAGCCCUGAUACUUCUGGCGAAUUUAUCACACCGAUAAAUGCGACUCAGGUCUUCUACGCGGAUGUGACGAACGAGACCCUUGUCGAAGAAGCCGUUGCUGCUCUCAAGCCCGAACCUGCUCGAAUUUUCUCCGACGACAAUACCUACGCACCCUGGAGCAACGGGGUCGAGGUCGGCUUCUUCUUCACCGAGCAGGAUCAAGCUAUACCGCUCGCAACUCAGCAGUCCAUGGCCUCUCAGUUUCCGACCGGCUAUGUCUCUUACACAAUGAACAGCUCUCAUUCUCCAUUCCUGAGCAUGCCGGAGCAGGUAACCGAGGGAGUUGUCCUCGCUGCUACUCAGGGCCUGGCCAAGAAGCUGCUGUCAUGA